AUGGCUCAGUAUAACUGUUCCUCUCUGGGUCUACCUGCCACCACUCCUGACCAGCUGGGUUGGAAUGCAUCCAGGGCCCUGGGCAACGUCAGUGCUGAUGACAUGGAGGACAUGUGCCUGAGUCGGAGUCAGUACCUGGAGAAGUUUCUAGGCUUCCGGCGGUCACCCAUGUUCCUGCCUGUCUGCAUUACCUUCCUCAUUAUCUUCAUUGUGGGAGUGUUAGGGAACAUGCUCACCUGCACCGUCAUCCUGCGCAACAAGGUGAUGCGGACGCCAACCAACUACUACCUGUUCAGUCUGGCCGUGUCCGACUUAUUGGUCCUAGUCCUGGGUAUGCCGUUGGAACUCUACGAGAUGUGGAGCAACUACCCGUUCCUGUUCGGUGCUGGCGGCUGCUACUUCAAGACCUUCCUGUUCGAGACGGUCUGCUUUGCGUCCAUCCUCAUUGUAACAGCGCUGAGCGUGGAGCGCUACAUCGCCGUGAUACACCCGCUCAAGGUCAAGCACGUCGCCACUCAUGCCCAUGCCAAGCACGUCAUCCUGACGCUGUGGGCCAUGUCCAUGGCGUGCGCCGUUCCCAACACCAGCCUCCACGGGGUGGAAGUGCUGGGGCCCCGGUUCGGGAGCCAAUUCCCCGAGUCGGCCAUCUGCACGAUUGUGAAGCCCCGGUGGAUGUACAACCUGAUUAUCCAGGUGACCACGCUAGUGUUCUUUCUGCUGCCUAUGCUCACCAUUACCGGGCUGUACCUGCGCAUUGGCCUGCAGUUGAGGAUGAAGAGGGGCAUGCAGGGUGUGGGGGCCGGGCCGGGUUUUGGUCCUGACAGCCACGGCAGCGUCCACAGGCAGCAGCAGACGGCACGCCACCGACAGGUCACCAAAAUGCUAUGCGUACUGGUGAUCGUCUUCGGCAUCUGCUGGGCUCCUUUCCACAUUGACCGCCUCAUGUGGAGCUUCAUAAGCUCCUGGACUGGCCACCACCACCUGGUCUUCGAGUACGUCCACAUCGUCUCCGGGGUCUUCUUCUACCUCAGCUCGGCGGUCAACCCCAUCCUCUACAGCCUCAUGUCAACCCGCUUCCGGGAAAUGUUCCGGCAGGUCACGUGUCGCUUCGGCCCAUGCAGCAGUCACUUGCGCCGGCUGACCUUCCGUAGCACCCAACUGACCCUACGUAGUACCGUCAAUGAGAAACCGCAACACAAUGGGAGAAUCACCCCAGACAGAGAGGAGCAGAACGUGUACGUAGACUCCCACAACCAGCCUGUAUAUGCCAAUACAAGCCCAGAUUAG